AAUCAGAAAUCGACCUCGUAUGUCCGUAUGUCCGCGCUCACAACGCAGCUGGUGAUAUCCGCUCGUUCGUUCGAAUCGUACGGCUUAACUUUUGUCGGUUGUUGACUUUAAAUCAAUCAUUAGCUAUUCCCAAAUAUGAAAAUCGAUAUACACAAUCAUAUUUUACCUAAGAGAUGGCCAGAUUUGAAAGAGAGAUAUGGGUAUGGUGGCUGGAUCCAACUACACCACCAUUGCGAAGGGAAGGCAAAGAUGAUGAAAGAUGGCAAAUUAUUCCGUAUUAUAGAUCAGAAUUGCUGGGAUCCAGCAACAAGGAUUGAGGAGAUGGAUCAAACAGGAGUAACUGUACAAGCAUUAUCCACAGUGCCAAUCAUGUUUAGCUACUGGGCCAAACCAGAGGAUGCCUUAGAUCUUUGUAAGAUCAUAAACGAUGACCUUGCUACUACGGUUAAAACGCAUCCAUCACGAUUUGUUGGCCUUGGAACAGUUCCUCUUCAAGCCCCAGAUCUUGCCAUUCAGGAAAUGACCAGAUGUAUACAGGAGCUUGGCUUCCCAGGUAUUGAGAUUGGAUCCCACGUCAACGAUUGGAAUUUAGAUGCUCCAGAACUUCAACCAUUUUUUGCUGCAGCUGAGGAGUUGGACUGUUCCAUCUUUGUACAUCCAUGGGAUAUGGAGAUGUCGGGGAGGAUGUCCAAAUAUUGGUUACCAUGGUUGGUUGGAAUGCCAGCAGAAACUGCCACAGCUAUGUGUUCCCUUAUUUUUGGUGGUGUACUUGAGAGAUUCCCAAAGUUAAAAGUUUGCUUUGCACACGGAGGAGGUUCUUUUCCUUGUACCAUUGGUAGAAUCGAACAUGGAUUUAAUGUGCGGCCUGAUCUUUGCGCUGUUGAGAAUGAAGUCAAUCCACGCCAGUACCUGGGCCGCAUAUACACAGACUCAUUGGUGCAUGAUCCUGAAGCACUCAAACUACUUGUUAAUGUAAUUGGGAAGGAUAAUAUUGUGCUUGGUAGCGAUUAUCCAUUUCCGUUGGGAGAGCAUCAUCCAGGCAAACUGAUUCAAUCAAUGGACGAUUUCAGCGAUGAACUUAAGGAUAAAUUGCUAGCAGAUAAUGCCUGUAAAUUUCUUGGUAUCGACCGCGCUUUAUACGAACCAGCUUGUUCUUCUCAAUCUUCAACUGCAGUGUUAUCGUCGGUGUCAGGCAGUGAAAAUUCUGAACCCAGCCCUAAGAGACAAAAGACCGGAGCGUCCAUUACAAACAGCAUCUAGGCUUAAUUCAAUCAUUGAUUGUUGACCGUGCUGGGGAAACAGAUGUCCAGUAGAAUGAUGAAGUUCGCCAUUGAUUGCGGUUAUGCAAGUCAUCAUGUGACUACUAGUUCAUAUUAACAUGCACAGUACAUGUGACUAUAUACAUGAAGUCUAUAUUCUCACAUGGACUGGUCAGUAAAUGCAUCUUAUCACAUGAAUUUAUUAUGUUGUCACAUGAACAUAUGACAGUUACAUGUGUGACAAUCAAGGGCCAUAGUGACUAUUGGAUGAAAAAGUCUUUGAGAUGCACUGUAAGUGAGACUUUCUCAUUUAACAUUUUAUAUACUCAUGUACAUCACAUUUGACUAUCACAUGAACAUGUAAUUUGGACACAUGCAUAGCACAUUGACUCAACCAGGAAAAUGUUAUACGGUUUUGGUUAAAUGUCAUAGUAAAUGUGACUAUUAGAUGAACUAGUCGUAGACAAACUGUGAUUGAUGUUCACAUGAACAUGCCAUAUAGUAACAUGCAUACAGUGGCAUAUCUUGAUUCAGGGAGGUUAAUGGGAGGGCUUACAAAGGUGAAGCAGGAAGGCUUGAUGCUGUUUGGCAAAAUAAGGUGAUAUGAGGUGAUUUUAAACUACUUGAGUGUCUUGAAUUUUCCAGUCGGGGCGACCUAGAGGAGAUAACAAACUUUUCUUGGGAACUCCCACCACUUGGUAUGCCACUGCAUGCCUUAAGCAAAUGGGACUAUCACAGGAAUGUGUGUAAACUGCCAUUUUUAGGAUAGGGUUAUUUAUUUUUCAUAACUACAAGGCUAUUAAGUUUUUUAGUUUUUAAUUACAAUAAUUGUUAUUUGGUCAAGGAGGAAUAUAUACUUGUAAAUAGUGUCAGUUAAUUACUUAAAAUAUUUGCCAGAAAAAUUAUUUUCGAUCUUAAUCAGAUGUGAGCGAUGAAGAAGUAUUCAUGGUAGCUUCCAUUGAAAAAUGAAUUUUAUUUAUUGUUAAUUGUUGCUUUGUAAAUCACUUAACUAAAGAUUCAUUUUUGCAUUCAUGUAUUUUAAAAAUAUUAUACCACAACUAUUAUUAUUAUUGUAAGUGUUAUUUUAACAUCUUUAUUGUGUUCCAUUGAUGAUAUUAAUUACAUUAUAAAAAUAUGUAAUGCACCUGAUGAUGGGAGAAGGUCCUUUUAAAUCGAACGUCUUUUCUCUGCUGCCAUCUAGAGGACCAGUUUACAAGUCCCUACAAUGUAUACGACCUGGAGGAUAGAACUGUAGAUGCAUCUGCAAAGCAAGCAACUUUUGUUUUGUUACAAACUCUUAGAAUAAUAUUGAUUUUAAACAUUUUUAAUUGUUAACCUAUCAAAUCUUUGCUUUUUAUGUUACAGAUACUCUACAUAAUCACUGAUGCUUAGGCCUAUGUGUUUUUCAAUACUCUUGUAGGCAUUAUUUAGUUAAUAUGUAAUACAGUACUGUAAUUAGUUUUACUGUAAAAUUGGGAAAAAUAGAACACAAGAUGCUGUAAAUAUAAAGACGUCUGUAUUUAUAAUUAAAAGGUCUGUUGAAUUGAU